UUGGAGGCAAGAAUCAUGUGGUGGAGGAACAUCCGCCUGUGAAACUUUGAUAUAGGGAGCGUGUUCUCCACAAGUUCAAUAUAUCUCUCUAACUUUCACCAACUUUUCUACCAACUGACUGCAGAGAGAAGACACUUUUGAUGGCGAGCAUUAUUGGAGUUGGGAUUCCGUUCGGCUUAUCAUCACCACCGCAUGCACUCAAGACAUCCACCAGAGUCGGCGGAGUUGCGACACAAUUCAGCCACUCCACACGGCGGAUGGUGGCGGUAAAAGCAGAGGUUGGUGGUAUAAACCCUGAAAUCAGGAAAAGCGAAGACAAAGUCGUCGAUUCCGUCGUCGUUACAGAACUCGCCAAACCCGUUACUCCUUAUUGCAGGUGUUGGAGAUCUGGGACUUUCCCGCUUUGCGAUGGUAGCCAUGUAAAGCACAACAAAGCUACCGGAGAUAAUGUUGGGCCUCUGUUGCUGAAAAAGUAAUAAAAAAAUUAUGGUAUUUAUGUAAUCGUGAUCAUGUUUUUAUUUGGUUAAUUGCCUUCGAUUAGUAAUCUUUCAUAUAGAGCAUGCCCAUGAAUGUAUUGUGUAUCCAAUUCGAUUUUGGUUAGUAUGAGAACAUAAUAUCUGAAUAUGUUGGGUUUUGAAUAUAUUUGUUAUUACAGUUGA